GCAGCGCCUGCCAGGGAGGCCUCGGAGUGGCUCAAGCGGGCGACGGCCGCAGCAUGAGCGACAACGAUGACAUCGAGGUGGAGAGCGACGCUGAUAAACGUGCUCACCACAAUGCACUGGAGCGCAAGCGUAGGGACCACAUCAAGGACAGUUUCCACAGCCUCCGGGACUCUGUGCCAUCACUUCAGGGAGAGAAGGCAUCCCGGGCCCAAAUCCUAGAUAAAGCCACAGAGUACAUCCAGUACAUGCGCCGAAAAAACCACACACACCAGCAGGACAUCGAUGACCUAAAGCGCCAGAAUGCCCUAUUGGAACAGCAAGUUCGUGCACUGGAAAAGGCAAGAUCAAGUGCUCAGCUGCAGGCCAACUAUUCCUCUUCCGACAACAGCCUGUACACCAAUCCUAAGGGCAGCACCAUCUCCGCCUUUGAUGGAGGCUCUGACUCCAGCUCAGAGUCCGAGCUGGAAGAGCCUCAGAGCCGGAAGAAGCUUCGCAUGGAGGCCAGCUAGAAGAGGUCUCUGUUCCUGCUGCCAUUAGACACUUGCUGGCUGCUUAAGGACUUUCAUUUCCUUCUUUAGUAGAGGCUCUUGGACUGCAGCUUCCCCAGUUUCUUGUCCUUUACUGACCCCCCCUUUUGAGUUAAUCCAAACCUCUGGCUUGGCAGCUUAUCCUCUGGAAGACAUCAGCCAUGGCUUGGAGCAGGAUGUAGCCCUGUCUUGCUCGUCCUGCCCUGUGGCUGCAAGUUUCUAGUGCCAGGAAUGUUCAGGCUAUCUGAUGAACUGACGAUAGCCUGUGAUUGCCUGGGCUGUGUGAGGACAAUGACUGCUCCAUUUGUCCACUAGAGCUGCACCACUCACUCUGUUGCAUUGAUCAGAAUAUUUCUAUUUAUGUCAACAAGGCCAAAUGUCUCCCUGAAGAAUCUUGGG